CGGCCGGGUUGUUCCAAGGUCCGCUAGCUUGGGUGGACUGCUGCGCCCUGGGGCUUCGGUCCGGAGGCCGCCAGCCCUCUCGGAGCCCCGGGACUGCGGGGGGUCAGCUGGAGGCGGGGAGCGCCGCGACGGCCACGAGCCCGGGAACCUGCGCGCGCCCGCGGGCGGGUGGCAGGCCCGGGGCCCCGCUCCCCCGCCUCCCCCGCCGAGCUCCGCGGUGGUCUGCGCCGGCAGCGCGCGAGGCUUGAAGCGCCCGACCCGGCGCGCAGUUCCUCAGGCGGCUUCCCGUCGGCGCCGCGCCAUGGACGCUCGGCGAGCGGAGAUCCGCGCUUUGGAAGCCGAGAUCGCGGCCCUGCGGCGCGCGUGCGAGGAGCCGCGGGCGCCGGGGGAAGACACCUCGCGAGCGCGAAAAUCCCUUCAAGAAAUACAUCAGUCAGAUUCUGGAGAAUGGGCCGCUUCAAAAGAUCUGAGAGGUCAUCUUGGACAUUUAGAAUCAGAACUUCUUUUUCUAAGCACACUUACUGGCAUCAAUAUAAUAAAUUACUCCAUGAAAACGGAGGACCUAACAAGCACUGAGAAUACAGAAAAGAGUAUAAAGAAAGUUCUGCAGAGACACAGGUUAUCAGGAAAUUGCCACAUGAUUACAUUUCAACUUGAAUUUCAGAUUCUGGAAGUCCAGAAUAAGGAGAGUUUAUCUUCUGUUAUUACUGACCUCAACAUAAUAAUGGAGCCCACCGAAUAUUCAGAAUUAAGUGAAUUUGUGUCUAGAGCAGAAGAUAGAAGAGAUCUAUUGAUGUUUUUCCGAAGCCUACACUUUUUUGUGGAGUGGUGUGAAUAUCGUAAGUGCACAUUUGAACACUUCAAGCUACAAAAUAAUAGUACCCUGUCCAUGAAAGAAAGACUUGGAAACAUACCUUGUAAAAAGAGAGUCAGCCUCUUGAGAGAAGUUCCCACCGUGUACUGCUUCUCCGGAAUGCCCCUGCUCUCAGGUGCUGUUUGAGGAGAAGAGAUGAGAAGGUGUUACGUUCAAAAGAAAAACGCCCUCGUUGGAGCCUGAUGUGGCGGCACCCUGGGUGACACUGGAGUAAGCUGCCUCCACAGAUUAGCCCAUGUUAGGACUGAGGGGCGAGAUUAAAACUUGUUACUGCUCAUGUGUUUUCCAUCACUGUUUGUACCGGAGCCAAGACUUCUAGCUAAACCCUAGACGUCUACUGGAAGAUUCUGAAGAAAAAAAAAGAGAGUUUAAUAAUGCAUGGCUGCUGGCCAUUCAAAGUGCAGUCAAAGUCAUUCAAGAAAUACCUGAUAUGAAAAUAUACUUUUUGAAAUUCUUAAAUGAACGAACGAAUACUGACACAUUUAAAAAUCGCUCACCCUAUAUAGACUAGCACAAUAGUUCCCGGCUUUGGUAAAAAAGUACCCACGUGAUUGAAGGGUAAGCCCCAUGUCCAGGUAUACCUGAGAAAGGAGCCGGGCUGCUGUGCUCUGCUGGUGGCUGAAGCCAUUGCAUCAGGGCUACCGGUCAGGGUUCCCCUCGGAAGCUUCCGGCCCUGCCACAGGGACACGGGGUGACGCGGCCCAGGCCCCGGUGCGCUGCGGCGCAGACCGACCCACGGACCCAGGGACGCCAGCUUGCGCCGUCCCUAGGAGAGCACCAGCCGUCACCAUGCACCUUCCGGGACACGUGGGAGCAGGAGGGCAGCCUCCCCUGAGAAGAACGGCAGGCAUCGUUGGCACACCGUUACCUCUCACCCCUGCGACAGCGUCCGGUUCCCACGGCGGCAAGGGCCUCUUCCUUCCGGGGAGGACGCGUCUCUGUCUGCGGGAAAGACCCACCGGGUCCGGCGCUGGCUGGCUGGCUGCCGGGAGCAUCCCGACACGCGGACGCGCACAGUGCCUCCCGCGGGCACCCAGGGCCGGCUCUACCACCCCGUCCCCCGGGGAGCUGGCUCCUGGAACCGUGAGGCAGCCGGGCCGGGCUGGCGUGCGGGGUCUGGGAGCAGCGGGCCCCACGUGCGGGCGUCUGCCGCGUGUGGCUCAAGCGCGCAGCCGCACAGGGACGGGGUGGAAGCCGGCGGCGUUUGUUCUCCCGAGUUCGGAGCAGCGGCUCCACGCGGGAAGCCCCUGGGCACGGCGGUUGGUCCCGCGCGCUGUCUUGUCUCGUUCUGCAGCUGUAACGGGUGUGUACCUGGAUACUCGCGUCGGUCCCGUCGCACACGUGGAGCCCCGAGGCUUCCUCAGAGGACGCCGCUCACUCUCGGGGCCGGCUUUCCUCCCCUCGCGCGGGGUUUUUGUGGUCCAGCCGGGUCGCCGUAGUUGCGGAUCGUGCGGUGAUCGACGUGCGAACGUGCCACUCGCCGCAGGUCACGGGACGUUCAAGGGCGGCGCACCGAAGAACGUGGAGUGGCCGGAACCUGUCGUGUGAAGCUCGUGUGUACAUGUUUUGUGUGGAACUGCUGUACUCACACUCACGAGGUUUCCUCCGCUCGGACGGGCCGAGCUUCGCCAGCGCGUGGCAGCCCUUCUCCCCGCGGGCCGCGCGCACCCCCUCUGCCCGUGUCCACACGUGGGCCCUGGCCCUGCCUCCUCUCGAGAGCGGAGCGCUCCCUGCAGCGCCGCUCGUGUAACGGUGCAGUAGCGCCUCCCCCUCUUGUCCCCUCCGCGGGCUUUCUUCCUCCCUUUCUUCCUCCACCCUUUCUUCCUCCAGCACCUCACUUUCAUCUUCCGUCCAAGGGCCCGGGAGUGGUGCCGGGGACCAAUGUCCCUGGUCCUGCAGACGCUUCCCCCACCUGAAAGGAGGCCCGCAGACACUGUGUGGGAAGGAGCUGCGGAGCCUCUCCAAGGCCGUAGCUCCAGAUACAGCAGUGGGCCUCCUCUGCCCCACGGCGUCGUGAGGAGGGAGCCCGCCGCUUGGGGUCCUGUAGGGUCCUAUGCAGGGGACCUCCUGUUUUUCUGCACUUUUGUUCGUUAUCUUUAAAAAAUGUUUUAACGUUUAUUUAUUUUUGAGAGAGAAAGGCAAUGUGAGCGGGAGAGGGGCAGAGAGAGGGAGACACAGACUCUGAAGCAGGCUCCAGACUCUGAGCUGUCAACACAGAGCCUGAUGCAGGGGUCGAACUUGCAAAUGGAGAGAUCGUGACCUGAGCCGAAGUUGGAGCUUAACUGACUGAGCCACCCAAGCGCCUCUCGGUUCUGGCAUUUUAUGAACAGAAAGACUGAUUAACACACACAAAAAAAACUUCAUAGAUUUCUUGCAUAGCCCAAUAUAUUCCAACCAUGGUGAAAAUAAAAAUGGAUUGCUUAAGCCA